CACUCAAAGAAUAGAAAAUGUGAGAACUCAUUUCAGGAUGAAGCUGCAAGAGCUAAGUACAUUUAACACAAACAAAUGCUGUCCAUUGACCAACAGAUACAGGAAGAUACUUCUCCCAACAACUAUGGUUCCUGUGACAGGAACCUGGCUUCUUCGAUUGCAGUUUCCUCUGUUGUUGCUGUUGGCUGGCCUGCAGACACCCACGGUGAGUCCCCACGCUGUUAUUGAACUCAACUUUGACUUGGCACCAGAUUCCUUUGAUGAUCAAUACCAAGGCUGCAGUCAACGGGUCAAAGAGGAGCUAAGUCAAGAGGAUUAUUUCCAAAAAGAACUAAAAGUCCAUAAGAAUUAUUCCAGGGUCUGGCAAAAUGCUCACUUAACCUGGUUGAACCGAGCUAAAGCCCUGCCUACAAACAUGACUAUCACACACGCUGUGGCCAUCUUGGUUUACACAUUGAACACCAAGGUUCGCUCUGACUUCACUCAAGCCAUGGCCAGCGCUGCCAGGUCUCCGUGGCAGUAUAAACAUUCAUUCCAUUUCAAAUAUCUGCAUUACUACCUGACCUCAGCAAUACAGCUGCUGAGGAAAGGAAUUAUAACGAAGAAUGACCCUCUGUGUCAUGAGGUGUAUCAUGAGGCUGAUUUCUACUUGCAAGCCAACAUCGGUGCCAUCUUUCGAUUUGGCCAAUUCCUCUCCACCUCCCUCUUAAGAAAAGAAGCACAGAAGUUUGGGAACCAAACUCUAUUUACCAUAUUUACUUGCCUGGGUGCACCUGUACAAGACUUCUCUCUCAAGGAGGAGGUCCUUGUCCCUCCCUAUGAGUUGUUUGAAGUUGUAAAUAUGAGCUACUACCCAAGAGGAAAUUGGUUGCAAUUGCGGUCAACUGGAAAUCUGAGCAGAUAUAACUGUCAACUCUUAAAAGCUUCCAGCAAAAAGUAUGUCCCUGCUCCUGUAAUUGUUGUGGUCCUCUCCAUUUUGAUCAACGUCAUCAUCUCUUCCAAAAGUGGAAUAUAA